GCCCACACCUGUGGGCGGGUCCUCGCUUCUGGAUUGUGCAGACGCCGGCAGGGGAGGACGUCCUGGCCUGUGUGCAGGGGCUGCAGAGGCCAGGGUAGAAGCCUUUCCUCCAUCCCUUUAGGCCAGAGAGCUAAAGGCCAGGGGAGAGAGUUGAGCACAGUAUCUAACACGAUUUGAGUGUUAGUAUUAUUAGCUACUAGUUUGCAUCUUUGUAUCUUCUGCAGUUUAAGAAUAGGUAAUUCCAAGGUGAGCAUAGAGGUUGUAUUUAUCUCUAGUGCUUUUUUGGUGACUUUGCCUCUUCCUUCAAGGUCCCCUCUAGUGGAGCUGGAAGCUGUGCAGAAGGGAUGGGCCCCAGCCCGUCCCUGGCACCCCGGCUCAGAUUUGUCUUCCUCUCCCUCUGUGCUUUCAUGGCCUGUCCUUUCCUCUCCCCACUUCUCUUGGAGAACUGUUGUACUCUCCCACCUCCUCCAGUGAGACUCUACCCCUGGUGUUGGGUGCACUGUGCUCCCUGGGCACACCUAACCUUCUCCACUUAAGAGAAGGAGUAUGAACAUGCCUGGCAGGACCAGGAAGCCAACCCUUGUGUCAGUGCCCUGUCACCUAUGUGACCCAGGAAGCCGACCCCUGUGUCAGUACCCUGUCACCGAAUUGCCCGUGACAGCCUGCUUUGCUAACUAGACCUGUGGGAUGGGGUACAGAAGAGUGCUUGGCUGUGGGCUGCUGCCCCUGGCAUGGUAGGUGCCAGCCAUGGAGGGCAGGACUCCAUCAGCCCGUCCCAGGCUCCAGUUCCUGCCUGAAGGUUCCCUGGUGCACCACCCAGGUUGGACUUUGUUCCCGUUACUUCUCCAGCUUCGUGCUUCCUCUUGGGCCUUCCCUGCGUCCACUGGGACCACUUGGAUGCUUUCCUCUUCCCUUCACCACCUGUUCCCAGCUGUGGUAGCAGAGGGCGCUAAUGGCCCAGGCUCCCCAGAGCCACCACCCCACGGUGUGAUAGGGCUGGAGGAGGGGGGGCAUUCCAGCAGGACAGGAACAGAAGUGCUGAGCUCAGGGGUCCCCUCCUUUCCACUCCCAGCUCCCUCUGUUUCCUGUCCCGGUCCCCCUACCCUCCCGCAGCUUCCUGCUCCCUGUGGCCUGCCCAUGUCCUGUGUGGAUGGAUCCAGACCUCUUCUUAUUUCCCUCCUUUCCUUCUCUUUCCCACAUCCUUCCUUCCCACUCCACUUUACUCCUCCCCAGAUUACUGGUGGUUUGUCUCGGGGCAGGGUGGGGGCACCGAGAGCUUUAUCCCUGCCAGAGUUCUAGGCUGGGGCUGCUGUGGGGGCUUAGCCCCUUGGAGCCUGUGAGUCAGCACUGUCCUCGGGAUUGGUCUCUGGCCUUCCCUCCCCGCCCCUGGGGAGGAGCCAGGCUGCUUCUGGUCCAGCCUGUUCUCUUCUCCGCCUGGGAAGAGGCUCCACGCUGGGCGGGGGAUGGGGCCUGAAACUAUCUGGGUCUGAGCCUGGGGCCGCUGGUGCCACUUGUCACUCUCCCUCCCCAGGAUCCUUGAGAUCCCUGGGCCAUAGAAUCCGAGCAGACUAAAGGCCUGGGGAUGCCCCUUGCCUGGCCCCCUUGCCCUGACUGGCAGGGGGGCCAGGCUGGGCAGCAGCCUCCCUCUCACUGCAGCCAUGGAUCUCCUGCCCCCCAAGCCCAAGUACAAUCCACUUCGGAAUGAGUCUCUGUCAUCGCUGGAGGAAGGGGCUUCAGGGUCCACCCCACCGGAGGAACUACCUUCCCCAUCGGCCUCCUCCCUGGGGCCCAUCCUGCCACCUCUGCCUGGGGAUGAGAGUCCCACUACCCUGUGCUCCUUCUUCCCCCGGAUGAGCAACCUGAAGCUGGCUAACCCAGCUGGGGAGCCAGGAAGGGCCUCUAAGGAUGGGGAGGGGACUGGAGGGGCCGCCGUGCUGGACUCAGCCCCCCUGCCCCUCCUCCAGGACAUGAACAAGCUGAGUGGAGGAGGCGGGCGCAGGACGCGGGUGGAAGGGGGCCAGCUGGGGGGCGAGGAGUGGACCCGCCACGGGAGCUUCGUCAAUAAGCCCACACGGGGCUGGCUACAUCCCAACGACAAAGUCAUGGGACCUGGGGUUUCCUACUUGGUUCGGUACAUGGGCUGUGUGGAGGUCCUGCAGUCAAUGCGUGCCUUGGACUUCAACACCCGCACCCAAGUCACCAGGGAGGCCAUCAGUCUGGUGUGUGAGGCUGUGCCCGGUGCCAAGGGGGCUACAAGAAGGAGAAAGCCCUGUAGCCGCCCACUCAGUGCCAUCCUGGGGAGGAGUAAUCUGAAAUUUGCGGGAAUGCCAAUCACUCUCACCGUCUCCACCAGCAGCCUCAACCUUAUGGCCGCAGACUGCAAACAGAUCAUCGCCAACCACCACAUGCAGUCUAUCUCCUUUGCGUCCGGUGGGGACCCGGACACAGCUGAGUACGUCGCCUAUGUUGCCAAAGACCCGGUGAAUCAGAGAGCCUGUCAUAUCCUGGAAUGUCCCGAAGGGCUUGCUCAGGAUGUCAUCAGCACCAUCGGCCAGGCCUUCGAGUUGCGCUUCAAACAAUACCUCAGGAACCCGCCCAAGCUGGUCACCCCUCAUGACAGGAUGGCUGGUUUUGACGGCUCAGCUUGGGAUGAGGAGGAGGAAGAGCCACCUGACCACCAGUACUAUAAUGACUUCCCGGGGAAGGAGCCCCCUCUUGGGGGAGUGGUGGACAUGAGGCUUCGGGAAGCAGCCCCCCUGGGGGCUGUUCGGCCCACCCCACACGUUGUCCAGACCCCCAGCCACCUGGGAGCAACGCUGCCUGUGGGGCAGCCUGUUGGGGGAGACCCAGAAAUUCGCAAACAGAUGCCACCUCCACCACCCUGCCCAGGUAAAGAGCUCUUUGAUGAUCCAUCCUACGUCAAUGUCCAGAACCUAGACAGGGCCCGGCAAGCAGGGGGUGGGGCUGGGCCCCCCAAUCCUGCCAUCAAUGGCAGCGUGCCCCGAGAUCUCUUUGAUAUGAAGCCCUUCGAAGAUGCGCUUCGGGUGCCUCCACCUCCCCAGGCGGUGGCCAUGGCUGAGCAGCUCCGAGGGGAGCCCUGGUUCCAUGGGAAGCUGAGCCGGCGGGAGGCCGAGGCCCUGCUGCAGCUCAAUGGGGACUUCCUGGUGCGGGAGAGCACGACCACACCCGGCCAGUACGUGCUCACUGGCUUGCAGAGUGGGCAGCCCAAGCACCUGCUGCUGGUGGACCCGGAGGGUGUGGUUCGAACAAAGGAUCACCGCUUUGAGAGUGUCAGCCACCUCAUCAGCUACCACGUGGACAAUCACUUGCCUAUCAUCUCUGCGGGCAGUGAACUCUGUCUCCAACAGCCUGUGGAGCGGAAGCUGUGAUCCAUCUCAGUGCUUUCUCCCCGAAGGGGUCCUUCCACCACUUCCACUCUAUUCCUUGAGUCUCAGGACCUCAUUUGAGGGUGUUCUGUGGGCUUGGCCUUGUUGUGUUGGAGCUGGGGAUAGUGUGGACAUGGUUCAGCAUCCAGCUGAAUGAGAGGUUUUGUCAGAAGCCUGGGGUAGAAUUUUGUUUCUCCCCAAACCUUACCAAAGUAUUAAUGUACAGAGUGGCCCCCUUCCCUGGGCCCUUCCUGUGCCAAUCUGAUACCCCCUUCCCCAAGAAGGUGGGUGCUUGAGGCCUAGGCAGUGUGCCUCCUUGAAGUGAGAAAGGCCUAAUGGGGCAAUCACCUUCCCAGGGAAGGGGACUGAAUCACACCUUUGGUCUAUUCCUGGGCUCAGGGUAUCCCAGACCCCUCUCAACAACUCUCCCUCCCAGUGGUUAAACUUUGUGCCUUUGACCAUCUUCUAGGUCUGAAGACAUUUUAUGCAAAGAAUUCUUGAGCCCCUGAAGUGGAGGGUGGGAGUGCUGACACUUUCUUGGCUUCUGGAACCCUGUCCUCUCAUUGCUCAGCAACCGCUCUGCUUUAAGUUGGGAGACCAGAGGCAGGAAUGGCAGCUGUCCCCUCUCCGGGGGAUAGGCAACCCUUAGAGAUUGCCUCAGAGUCCCUCCUUCCUGGCCAGCGGGGAGAUGGACCCCUCCCUUGCUCAGUGCCUCCUGGCCAGAGGGGCCCCUCACCCAAGGGGUCUGUAUAUACAUUUCGUAUGUCGACCCAUCACCCCCCCUCACCCCUCCCAUAUUGCCUGCAUGUUAUGCUCUACAGCCAAAGCAUAGUCCUUGGUCCUGCAGCCUCUACCCCUGCCUCCUCCUGCUGGGGUGGGUGUGGGGGGCGGGCAACUGGACUCUGGCUUCCUGAACUGGUAACUGUGCCAGGUGAAUUUGUGGAGGCAGGAAUAGGGGCAUUGAGACUAAAGCAGUAGACAAUCCCCAAAUACCAUCGUACAUUUGGGACUGCAUUUAUUUUUAUUUUAUAUGCAUAUAUUUUAGGGCUGUAGAUUUCCUUAUCUGUUUUCCAUGGCUUACCUUGAGCACAAAAUGAUUAUCGACGACAACGUGUACACAACGCCUCUGUGACUUUUCAAAGCCCCCUUCCAGUGAUUGGUAUUUUACUCCUCCCAGCCUUUGAGGCAGGGGGAGCCCCCCUCAGCAUUAUCUCUAAAGGCAGAGACCUGGGGCACGGCGGGCGGGGAGGCCCCCGGGGCGCACCAGGCCUCACCCCUGAAGUGACAGCCCCCUGGGCAGCACGCCCUGCCCCCGCACUUAAUGUCUCAGCCCUGGGUUUUUCACUUCCUCCGAUGCGUCCAUGGCGCUCACUUAUACCAAAGGGAAAUUCUCUUCAUUAAAGUCCCUAUUUCUUGUA